CGGCCCCACCACAAUUCCCCUGCGUUCUUGACUUGCUGUCCAUCCAGCUCUCCAUCCUCAAUCCUCAUACCGCGACGCCUCCUCUCGCCCUCCGAGCAACUCGAAACCCUAGGAGCGUGCGGACCGGCGGCGGCGGCGAGGUGUUGGCGAUGGACCCGGACGCGGUGGCGAAGGCCUUCGUGGAUCACUACUACCAGACGUUCGACACCAACCGCCCGGCGCUGGUGGGGCUGUACCAGGAGACCUCCAUGCUCACCUUCGAGGGCCAUAAGUUCCAGGGCCCCGCCGCCAUUGCCGGCAAGCUCGGAUCUCUCCCCUUCCAGGCCUGCCAGCACAAGAUCGACACCGUCGACUGCCAGCCGUCGGGACCCCAGGGAGGCGUGCUCGUCUUCGUCUCCGGCUCCAUCCGCACCGGCCCCGAGGAUCACCCCCUCAAGUUCUCCCAGGCAUUCCAUUUGCUGCCGGCAGCUGGGUCAUUCUUCGUGCAGAAUGACAUGUUCCGCCUGAACUAUGGCUGAAGACAGCCGAAAACUCUUGUGAUGAAUGGAUUGGUUAAGGGUUUCAUGUUGAAAUGAUUAAUACUUAAUGUUGCCGCUACUCUUGUCUCCUUUGUAUCUCCUUUGUUGGCUGCUUCACUGUAUUACAAGAAAUUGCUAGACUUUGUAUGCCUGCGUUGGACUAUUGCAGUUGUUUUGAACCAUGUACUAUGGUCGCAUGGGCACCAUUUCUUUGUGCAAUGUGAACUGAAACGGUCCAGAUUUGCUGGUGUGAAGGAUAUCUGGUUUGCCCUUCCACAAAACCAAUGCUAGCUGGUUGAUAUGAAUUUUGUUA